AUGGCGUCUCAACGGCUGGCGCUGAACCUUCAGCGAUCCUUGCGAAGCCGAAAAGCUCUCAAUGCCAUUCAAUCUCCCCUCCGACGAUAUGCCAACCCCGUCACUCCCACGAGAACAGAGAGCACCACUCUUUCCAAUGGCUUCACAAUUGCCACAGAACACUCGCCUUGGGCGCAGACAUCAACUGUGGGCGUUUGGAUCGACGCUGGGAGCCGGGCGGAAACCGACAGGACCAACGGAACGGCUCAUUUCUUAGAACAUCUUGCUUUCAAGGGCACUGGGCAACGAACCCAGCAUCAGCUAGAGCUCGAGAUUGAAAACAUGGGUGGCCACCUCAACGCAUACACUUCUCGAGAAAACACCGUUUACUACGCCAAAUCCUUCAACGCCGACGUCCCCAAAACCGUCGACAUCCUCUCUGACAUUUUGCAAAACUCCAAACUCGAGCCCCAGGCCAUCGAGCGCGAACGGGACGUCAUCCUCCGUGAACAAGAGGAAGUCGACAAGCAGCUGGAAGAAGUCGUCUUCGACCACCUCCACGCGACCGCGUACAUGAACCAGCCGCUCGGUCGAACGAUCUUGGGUCCCAAGGAGAACAUCGAAAGCAUUUCUCGGCAGGAUCUGGUCGACUACAUCACCACAAAUUACACGGCAGACCGAAUGGUCCUGGUCGGUGCAGGCGGCGUGCCUCACGAGGAGCUGGUCAAGCUCGCCGAAAAACACUUUGGCCAUUUGCGAUCUGCUCCACCAAACUCGUACGCCGCCGAGAUUGCCGCCCAGCAGAAGCGAAAGCCAAACUUUGUGGGCUCCGAAGUCAGAAUACGCGACGAUACAAUUCCUACUGCUCACAUCGCCAUUGCUGUGGAGGGUGUCUCCUGGAGAGAUGACGAGUAUUUCCCGGCCUUGGUCACACAAGCCAUUGUCGGAAACUGGGAUCGCACCAUGGGCAAUUCGCCCUACCUGGGAUCAAAGCUUGCUACGAUGGUCACGGCAAACAAUUUGGCCAAUAGCUAUAUGAGUUUCUCGACCAGUUACAGUGAUACCGGUUUGUGGGGCAUCUACCUCGUCACCGAAAACAUCACCAACAUCGACGAUCUUGUGCACUUUACCCUUCGCGAAUGGACCCGACUAUCGUUCAACGUCACCGAAGCCGAGACCGAGCGCGCCAAGGCCCAGCUUAAAGCCUCCAUCUUGUUGAGCCUGGAUGGAACGACUGCCGUGGCAGAAGACAUUGGCCGUCAAAUUGUUACCACCGGGAGGAGAAUGGACCCCGCCGAAAUCGAGCGUGUGAUUGGAAACGUGACGGCCAAGGAUGUGAUGCGGUUCUGUCAGAAGAAGAUCUGGGACCAGGAUGUCGCGGUCUCUGCUGUGGGUAGUAUUGAGGGGCUGUUGGAUUAUAACCGUAUCAGGAACGAUAUGGCGAGGAACUUGGCGUGA